AUGCCUCAAUCACGCCUUUUCAAGCCUCUCCAGAUAGGCAAUAUAGAAGUCAAGCAUCGCAUCGGAAUGGCUCCCCUCACUCGAUUCAGAGCAACCGAAGAUCGAGUUCCGACACCCUUAAUGAAGGAAUACUACAGUCAACGAGCUGCUGUGCCCGGCACCUUGAUCAUCAGCGAAGGAACCUUCAUAUCAGCAACAUGCGGCGGCUUCCCCCACGCACCGGGAAUCUGGCGUGAAGACCAAGUCGAUGCCUGGCGAACCAUCACCGAUGAAGUCCAUCGCAAAGGAUGCUAUAUAUACUGCCAGCUAUUUGCAAUGGGCCGUGCUGCGGAUGUCGCAGUGGCCCGAAAGGAGGGAUUCCCUAUCGUUGCACCUAGUGCUAUUCCGAUUGAAGAAGGUGCUGCAAUGCCACAAGCCAUGACAAUUCAGGAAAUCAAACAGAAUAUUCAGGAUUUCAUUGAUGCUUCGAAGAACGCUCUCCGGGCGGGAUUUGAUGGCGUCGAAAUUCACGGUGCCAAUGGGUAUCUACUCGAUCAGUUCAUCCAGGAUGUCAGCAAUAAACGUGACGAUGAGUAUGGUGGCAGUGUCGUGAACAGAUCUCGUCUUCUCAGUGAAGUGAUUGAAUCCGUCGUCAAUGCCAUCGGUUCUGAACGUGUCGGGCUCCGUCUGAGUCCCUGGAGUACGUUCCAGGGUAUGAGAAUGGAAGACCCAAUCCCGCAAUUUAGGGAUGUAAUUAACAACGCUAGUCGGUCAGAUGUCGCCUAUCUUCAUCUCGUGGAGUCGCGGAUAUCUGGCUCCACGGACUAUGAUGGUCACGACCGGCUGGACUUUGCAUACGAUCUUUGGCAUGGGACUUUUCUCGUUGCUGGUGGAUAUACUCCACAGGAGGCACAGAUGCUCGUGAAUGAAACGUACCCGCGCAAAGAUAUUGUGGUCAUGUUUGGUCGACACUUUAUCUCAAAUCCGGACCUAGUAUACAGGAUCAAGGAGGGUCUGGAGCUCAAUGUCUAUAACAGAGAGAGCUUUUAUUCAUUUGAGUCGGCGCUGGGCUAUUCGGAUUACCCGUUCGGUAAGGAAUAUCUGGCAGGGAUAAAGGCCUAG